AUGGAUGUAUGGGUGGCUGUAGGCAUUGGCCUCAUUGCCAGCUUUAUCCAGAGCUUGGGUUUAACACUACAGCGUCGCUCACACUUGCAAAAUGAGCGCUUACCAGCAGAGGAACGUUGCUCGGAGUGGCGUCGGCCAUUAUGGGUCACUGGUUUCGUGGUCUUCCUAGGCGCCAAUAUCAGCGGGACGCUCUUCCAGAUUGGAUCUCUUCCUGUGGUCAUUCUCGCACCUCUUGGUGCGGUAAGCCUUCUGUACAAUGCUUUCCUCGCUCGUAUUAUGCUCAACGACCUCCUAUCACAGCACAUGCUUACAGGCACCUGUCUUAUUGCCGCUGGCGCCAUCGCUAUUGGAUACUUUGGCACAGUACCCCAUGCACCACGGAGUCUAGAAGAUCUAAUUGCUUUAUACCAUCGUCCAGCCUUUGUCGCACUAGCGUUGCUAUUCUCACUUGUAUUUAUCUCUCUGUUAACGAUGGCACAUCUGACAGAGUGGCAACUUACAUGGCAACCACCUGCCGAUGUACACAAGAGCUUUGUACGUCGUAGGUACCGAACAGGCUUUCGUCGUUUCCUCACGGUGCCGUCAUUGGCGACUGUGGCGGAAGUCAGCGAAAAUAGCUCGGGUAUUGCAACACCCUUUGCUACGUCGAACAUUGACGAUCGUGUUCACCGCUUCUCGGAGGGAGAUAUAAAUGCUGUCAAAAAAAUGCAUGGCACACUACCAUCCGACCCACGUGUGUCAAAACCUAUCCAUUAUGGCGCCAUCAGCCGAUCACAGUCUCGCAGACUCUCCUCCCCGAGCGUCACAGAAGAGACAGAGCCUUCCCAGGCAGGCAGCAGCACCGACCCAAUGGCCUCGCGUACCGCAUUAGACAUGCCAGCUCAUCGGCCCACAGUACUGGCACUGGCUGUGAUUUACAGCUCUGUCAGCGGCACCCUUAGCGGUGUGUGUCUGCUUAUGGCCAAGAGCGGCGUUGAUUUGCUGAUCCUAUCAUUGCAAGGCCACAACCAAUUCCGAUCUUGGGGCAGUUGGUCGCUCGUAAUUCUUAUGCUGCUUGCAGCCCUGCUACAAUUGUGGUACCUACACAAGAGUGUCAAGCUCGCUGAUCCAGUGUUGGUCGCACCACUCGCCUUUUGCUUCUACAACAUCUCCUCCAUUACGUUAGGCCUCGUCUACUUUGAUGAUGUCGCACAGUUGUCCUGGACUAGUAUGUUUAUGGUCAUGCUAGGCACUAUGGUACUGCUUUGUGGUGUGUGGGUGAUCAGUUUGGAUAGGUCGGGGCCUGAUACCACGGAAGAAGAUGCGACAUUUUGGGGCCCUGGUUGGCAAGAUCCUAUCUCGUAUGAUGCGACCAACUCGCCUCCGUGCAUCGAUGUCGAGCAGCAAGAAACAGUGACGUCGCCUGAGUCUACAUCCUCAUCUGGCUCCUCUCACCUGCCUCCCUUGGUACUUCCAUCCACCCCUCGUCGACCAACAUCUGGUCCAAGUACACCUACUUCUAAGCCUAGGUCUUUGUCGAUUUCCUUGGAUCAUGCACUGACAGAGGGCAUGCAUACCACAGAUCAUGCGCAUAUGAAGAGCACACACCAGCCUACCUUAUAUGGCAUCUUAGUCGAGCGAGGAUUGAGUAUUGGAAUCAGCCCUAGCUCCCCAGGUUUCCAUGUCCAUGCUCGACGUCGUGUGUCGUCCCCUUUGUCACCAUCAGAACAACAUGACUCGCCGUCUUUAGCGUAG